UCGCGCCUGUGGAUGGCAGUCGCGCUUGCACCCAACACUUACGAUACGUUUUAUUUAGCUAGUUAUAUUAUUUAACUAUAUGGUGAAUUGUAUUCAUUCUGGUUAAUUUUAAGGAACUCUAGGCUUGUUUUUAGUUCAAAUGGCAUUAAAAUAUCUUGAUUUACUUGUCGCCAAUUUGCGUCCGAAAUGGCUGCUUUGGCGGUUAUCCUCUCGGAAGUACACAAACGAUGAGGCUAGCUAGCUAACACUGCUAGGUGUCCAGGCAGUGGUUCCUGCCAGCCGUGCGAGGAGACAUCCCCCCAGGAUGUGCAGCUCAUGGUUUCGUCUGUGAGGGGACCAGGGUCCUGGUGUUUGGAGGGAUGGUGGAGUACGGAAAGUACAGCAACAGCCUGUACGAGCUGCAGGCAAGCCGAUGGCUGUGGAAAAAAUUGAAACCCCGCCCCCCAAGGAAUGCCCCUCCCCCUUGCCCUCGCCUUGGCCACAGCUUCACCCUGUGGGGGAACAAGUGCUACCUUUUUGGGGGGCUGGCCAACGACAGCGAGGACUCCAACAGCAACAUUCCCAGGUACUUGAACGAUUUCUUUGAGCUGGAGCUGCAGACGUCCUCGGGGGUGAAGGGGUGGGUGGUCCCCGAGACGCGGGGUGGGGGGCCCUGUCCGCGGGAGUCCCACACGGCGGUGGUCUACUGCAGCAAGGGGACCUACUCCCCAAAACUCUACAUCUUCGGCGGGAUGAGGGGGCAGCGCCUGUCUGACCUCUGGCAGCUGGACAUCGAAACCAUGACCUGGUCAACACCAGAUACCAAGGGACCGCCCCCUCUUCCCAGAAGCCUUCACUCUGCCAACGUUAUAGGAAACAAGAUGUACGUGUUUGGUGGGUGGGUGCCGGUGGUGAAUGCUGAGGACCGGCCCAAUGCCUUAGGAACAGAGUGGGUCUGCACCAACUCCCUGUGUGAGCUCAACCUCGACACGCUGACGUGGCGGACUCUGAGGCCCGAGCGGCAGCAGGAGGAGGGGAAGGCCUGUGGGCCCCGGGCGCGAGCCGGGCACUGCACCGCCUCCAUCGGCUCCCGCCUGUACGUCUGGAGCGGCCGCGACGGCUACCGCAAGAGCUGGAACUACCAGGUGUGCUGCAAGGACCUGUGGUACCUGGAGACAGAGAAGCCCUCCAUGCCGGCCGCGGUGUUCCUGGUGAAGGCCACCAUCAGCAUGCUGCACGUGGCCUGGCGCCCCCUGCCUGCGGCAGACAGUUACCUCCUCCAGCUGCAGCCCGUGGCCCCGCCUCCAGCGCCACCGCCGGGCCCGUCUGACACGCCUGCCAGUCAGCCGCCAGCCAAUGGGGCAGGUUCAGGGGCGGAGCAAGAUGCGACUGGGGUGCAGCCUCCCCAGCUCCCUGACAGCUCGGCCUACGCUGGAGAGACGGCUCAGGGGGGAGAGAGCGCCCCCUGUGGGCAGGUUAGCAGAUGGAGCCAGGAGCACUUCAUCACUCUGGAGCCCAUCCACUCUGCUGGGGGGGGCCAGGGCGGGCAGGAGACCCCCAUGGAGGUGGAGUCCGCUCCACAGCAGUACCCCCCAGAGGACCAGAGGGGCGCCACCCAAAAGAGCCACACCCCAGAAAGAGUGGUCGUGUGUAAGGAGGAAGGUCAGGAGUACAGCCUGUGUGCGGGGGACCCCUCGGGUAACACCCAGCUCUUGGAGAGCGGGUUUGACAGUGGCAACGCCCAGCACUGCAGCGGAUCCCAGCAUCAGCCAGACCAGGGACACGCCACGGCUGCCUCCGCUCCGAACUCGGUGCCUCUGACAGGCGAAAGGUCACAUGACCACAUGUGGUAUGAUGUGGGCGUGUUCAGGACCCUCUUUUCGGAAGUCACUCAGUACUCCCUCCCUCCGGAGAACACCCAGGGCACGGGUAAAGUUGGGGAGCCCUCGGACUGCUCCGGGCGGGAGAAGCAGGAUCUGUCUCCGGGGGUGACCUACAGGUUCCGAGUGACCGGGAUCAACUCCUGCGGACAGGGAGACUUCGGCCCCGUCAGCGAGUUCAAGACCUGCCAGCCGGGCUUCCCUGGAGCGCCCUCUGCUGUCAAGAUCACCAAGGCCUCCGACUCGGCCCAUAUCACCUGGGAAUCUCCCGCCUCUCCUUCUGGAAAGAUCCUGGAGUACUCCAUGUACCUGGCGGUGCGGAAGACCCGGUCCGGCACGGCGUUGGACCCGCCGGGCGAGCUGGCCUUCAUCCGGGUGUACCGCGGCACCAAGACGUCCUGCACCGUCACCUCCACCCACCUGAGCAACGCCCACAUCGACUGCUCCGCCCGCCCCGCCCUGGUCUUCCGCAUCGCCGCCAAGAACGAGCAGGGCUACGGCCCCGCCACGCAGAUCCGCUGGCUGCAGGACACGAGCAGGCUGAAGGCCCCGCAGCCACACCCAGAGCUCGGCACCACAGACGCCGUCGCCGUGGAUACGGCCAGCAGCUCCACAUCGUGAUGAACUCCGAGCUUCCAGCCAUCACCUGCAAGGGUAUUUAGAGUGACCAACACACCAAGUGUGCUACGAAACCACUAAGAGUUUUUAUACCUAUUUUUUUACGCUUUUGUUUUUUGCACAUAUGUACAUAUAUUUUAUCAGGAAUUAGACCACACCCCGCCCUGGAGUCAUCCUUGAGGUUUGCAUCUCUGCAGACAUGAGUGAUUGCCGUUAGCCUGUCAGUCUGUGUCCGUUUCAUGACUGGGAUUCGUUGCUUUUUUUCCCAGAGAACUUUGCAUUUCCUGACUGCUGUUGUCCACACAUUUUUGUGCCUUAUUAACUAUGAUGGAUCCUGGGAUUCUCACCUUGACUGACCCCACCCACACAGUAUGUGUUUUGUGAUUGGAGGCUGGAAGUCACCCGUGACUCCUGAUUGGUUUCUGCCGAAGCCGAGGAGACUACAGUGGCUGACUCUCACAUUAAGCCCGAGUAGCUGGCAGCAUCCAGAACAAGCCGCUUGCCACGUCAGUUGUAGAGUUGGGAUCUUCGGCAGAAAAAUAUUCUUAUAUUUGUCAGAAAUAAACGGUUAUUUCUGUAUAUUAACCAACAUAUUGAGUCUGCAAAAGAAACACAUAGGAAAUAACCCGAGUACAUUUCUGCAGUCGUUAGUUAAAUUUCCGUUUGUGCGGUGGUUUUAUAUUUGUCUGUUUUUGUGCUAUUGCUGUACCAAUCCUAUAAAGUUAUUAAUUAGAAUCUUUGAGAUACUAGAAUUUUAAUUAAUGCCUGACACUGUACAGCUGUAAUGCCCUGUUCCUGCUGUUUGUCUUCGUCAUGGUUUAGUCAGUGUCCAUUCAGCCUGGCUGUGACAGUACUCUCACGGUGCCACUGAAGGUAGAAGCGGUGCUCAAACGGAUUGUGUUACGGUCAUCGCCACACUAUUCCUGCUCAGAAAACACACCUGCUUUCUUUUAGCCAAUGACUGCCUUUAAAUCGCUUAUCCAGUUUUUUAAACCAAUGUUUUGUACCUUGUAUUUGGUUAUAUUUAAAGCAUGUAUAACGAUAUGUGAAAGUGUCAAUGAUGCAGUAUAAAUGUACAAUAGCUGGUCAUUUGUCAGCCUCAGAAUCUGAUUCUGCAGAUCAGCUGGACGUACCGGGACGUGCGGUUAGCACGAUCAUUUGCAGCAGAGCUGCGUUUUUAAAAGGGCGUCCGCGCAGAACCGGCUUGUUCUGUAACAAACACGAUCAACAUGCUUCUGUUCAUCACUGUCGUGUCACACUUCUUAAAAAUUCUGAGGACACUAAAAUAUUCUGAAACCCUCCC